CAGUAAAUAUGCUCUGGUGGAAAGGCCAGAGAGAGGCCCAGAGCCAGAGGGCAUCCACUUCUUCUGUUCCGUCGUCGGCUCCAGGCUCCGGCGGGCCGCACCGGCGAUCUGAUCUGCUCUCCGCCGGCCGCGCUCCCUCCAUCGCCGAGGGCCUUGCUUCACAUCUCAAGUAGGAUUCAUGAGUGGCGGCCCUGCAGCAAGCGGUGGCCUACGAGCAGCGCUCUCGUACUGUGUCCAGCAAGUCCGCAGCUAUGACUACCACAACUAUCUCUGCCUCCUCCACCUGCCUCCAUCCAUGCGCAGGGCUGCAUUCACCUUCAGGGCCUUCAAUGUCGAGACAGCAAAGGCCAUGGACGUCGUGUCGGACCCUAGGAAAGGCCUCAUGCGCCUCCUGUGGUGGAAGGAUGUGAUCGAUAAGAUCUACGCAAACAAGCUGGUCGAGCACCCCGUUGCCCUGGCGCUCUCUUCAGUUCUCUCCGAGCAGAAGAUCAGCAAGCAUUGGCUCAAGAGGUCGCUGGAGGCAAGGAUCAAUGAUGGAAACCGGGAUGAGUAUGCCAUUCCAGAGACAAUUGCAGAGUUGGAGAGGUAUUCGGAAGACACCCAAUCUACCAUCCUUUACAUGACAUUGCAAGCUGGUGGGAUACAGUCCACCAUUGCUGAUCACGCCGCCUCGCACAUUGGUAAAGCUAGUGGGUUGCUGUUGCUUCUCAAGGCACUGCCUCACCAUGUAAACAAGCAAGGGAAGAUACCAUACAUACCUGCAAGUGUGGCUGAGGAGUGCGGUCUGCUUAGGCAGGAGGGUGAUCGAUCAGAGGUCAGAAUGGGCGAUGCACUCCCGGAUGCAGUUUUCAAGGUUGCAUCUGUUGCCGAAGCUCACCUGCAGAAAGCGCGGGAGCUGGCCUCAUCUUUGCCAGCACAGGCAGCCCCAGUGCUCCUCCCAGCCGUGCCGACCCAAGUUCUUCUGGACUCCCUACGAUGCCGUGAAUUCAACGUCUUCGAUUCACGCUUGUCCAAGGGAGUCCAUGGCAUAUCUCCUCUGUGGUACCAGCUAAAGCUCAGCUGGCACGCAUGGCGAAACAAGUACUGAAUUCAUCCAUAGAGUGCAAGUUGUGUUUGUCAAAAGCUCGGAUCAGUGUGUUUUAGCUCAGACUAAAUCCGGAGUAUCAGUUUACCAAAAUGUAAUAAGGUUGGUGGAAGAAAAAAAGACUCUGCAUUGCCAUUGCUGCAACUUUCUGUCUCUGAGAAAUUAUGUAGUGGCUUCUUCCUUCUUGUGAUUGUUUGUUUUGUUUGUAACCCAAAUUUUACAUGAGGUGGAUGCAUGUCUUCUGUUGAGUUUGUUCUUCAGUUCUUUCCCUUGCCCAGAUUAAGUAUACUCAAUUACUUGUUGCUGAUGA